AUGUUCGAAAUACAUUCUCCAUCACCUGUAAACCAUUCUCAACUUUCUUUCCUCUCUGAAAAUUCAUCUAAUCCAUCACAUUAUAUCAAACGUGAACGUAGUCCACGUCCAACCCGACCUAAUCCUUAUCCUUAUCCCCACGGAUCGGGGAGUAAAACGCAAUCAACUCUUCUAACCAUCCCCAUUUCUGAACCCAUGAGACCGAUAUCAUAUCGAGACCAAUCUUCCUCACUCAUACCAUCUAGACCAAUUCCUAAACGUAGUCAUUCUUUCUGUGGUGAUGCCUCUACAACAACAUACGCAUUAGCUUCAACUUCUUCUAGAUAUUUAUCAGAAGAUAAAAAUAACAUUAUAGCUCCUCCAUUAGAAAGAACCCUCACUUCUCUAGGUAGGCCUAAAGGAAAUUAUCGUCGUCCAAACUUUUCCCCACAAAAUAAAACAUGCACCAUGAUGGAUACAGGAUUUAUCUCAAGUUCGUACAAUCAUAUUCCCAACUAUAAUCUUUCUUCAUCCAACAAUCCAAAUCUCAAUCCUAAUCCCAUUGCUGGUGGAAGAAGUCAAGGAGAGAUGUUAGCUCCAUCUUUACAAAGAACGGUGAGUUCGAUAGGUACAGAAGGUAAUAAAAGUUCGGAAGAUAUGCAAAUGGUUCGACCACGACCUAGAUCAUCUAAAACUUGUCCUUUGGUUCAAAGAGGGAGAAUUGAAGAUGUUCCAGAGUUGAAUUUGGAUUUUGAUCUUCAUCCCGUGUCGUUCAUGGACGUUCUUGAUUUAGGUUUUUCAUCGAUGGAUAAUGAUGUGAAUGUACGAGAAGAAGGAAAUGAGAGUAGAGAAGGACUGGAGAGAAGAGAAAGUGUUCAGAUGAGAGGUGGCAGAAGUGGGAAUUGGUUGAUGGUGGAAAGUGAGGAUGUGUCGAUGAUUGCAAGAAGGGCAAAUAGGACGAUUGUGGAUUAUGAAGAUGAUACGAUUAAUGAUAUGGAAGAAAAUCAACAUAUCACUUCAUCAACUUCUUUACCAAUUAUCACUGUAACUCAAGACCAUUCUCCCACUCAACACGAUCAACACUUACGACCCAUGUUUCAUCCUCCUUUUCACCACUCUCUUCCCCCUCAUCAUCAUGAACCACAUCAACAACACGGAGGAUUCUCUUCCUCUCGUCCAUCUAUAAACCCAUACCAACCUCAACCUCAAACACAUACACCCACCUACAAUGCUCAUACAUCUACAAUUCAAUUUCCUCACAUAUUAUCAAAACCAAACCAACAUCCUUCUUAUCCCAUUCAAUACCAAAUUGGACUUCCCACUCAAUACCAAAUCGGACUCCCCACUCAAUACCAAGCCGGUUUUCCCACUCAAUACCACAUCGGACUUCCCACUCAAGAUCCUUAUCCAACCCUUGACCCUACCCAAUAUCUUCAAUCCGACAUAGACGCAGCAUCAUCAAUUCAACCAACCCAAAACAAGUCAUAUCACGGUAUUGAAAAUCGUCAUUCCAAUCAUCGAUCAAACGAACGAUUCCCAUUGAAAGAAUUAAAUCAUUCAAACCGGGUAUUAUUGGGUAUAUCAUCUACUCCAGGAUUAGAAAGUGAUCAUGGAUCUAGAAGCUCAAGUUACGUUAUGACACCUUUGAACCAUUUUUCAUUAUCUGGGGAUAGAUAUGAAAGUGAUGAUGUUGGUAAAGUGAUCGAGGAGGGUGUUGGAGGGUUAGAAUUAGUUUAG